CAACGCUGGCUAUCGAAGGCACACGUGCUCGCGCUUCAUUUUGGAAUUUUCUUUUACACGCGGCAUACGGGAAAGAAGGUUAAGUUGCUGCUGGCUGCCGAAAGUUUUAUUAGUUUUUAAUUAAAAUUUAAACUAAAUGAGCAAAGUGUAACGCAAUGUUUGUGCUUUACGAAACGCCGGCGGGCUACGCAAUUUUCAAACUGCUGGACGAGAAGAAGUUGGAGCAAGUGGACAAUCUUUACCUGGAGUUCGAGACUCCGGAGAAGGCCAACAAACUCCUAAAGCUGAAGCACUUUGAGAAAUUCAACGACACAACAGAGGCUCUGGCCGCAGCAACGGCAGCUGUGGAGGGCAAGGUGGCCAAGCCAUUGAAGAAGACUCUCAAAAAGCUGCUUGUGGAUGAUGUGCAGUCGUCACUGUUAGUCGCGGAUGCCAAACUGGGCACUGCCAUCAAGGACAAACUAUCAGUACAGUGUGUGUACAAUACGGGAGUCCAGGAGCUGAUGCGGUGUAUUCGCCAACAGGCAGACAGUCUGCUCGGCGGCUUGCCUAAGAGGGAGAUGACCGCUAUGGCCCUAGGUCUCGCCCACUCCUUGUCACGCUAUAAGCUAAAGUUCUCGCCCGACAAGAUUGACACCAUGAUUGUACAAGCUCAGUGCUUGUUGGAUGACCUGGACAAAGAGCUCAACAACUAUAUGAUGCGUGCUCGUGAGUGGUACGGAUGGCACUUCCCUGAACUGGGCAAGAUCAUUACCGACAACAUCGCCUUCGUGAAAACCAUUAAAUUGGUGGGCACCAGGGACAACAUGGGGACAAGCGAUUUGUCCGACAUUCUCCCAGAGGAUGUAGAGGAGAAGGUCAAGGAAGCGGCCGAGAUCUCAAUGGGCACCGAAAUCUCCGAGGAGGAUGUACUAAAUAUCCAGUGCCUGUGCGAUGAGAUCAUAUCCAUCAACGAUUACCGCAUCCAUUUAUAUGACUACUUGAAGGCCAGAAUGAUGGCUAUGGCUCCCAACUUGACGGUACUUGUGGGAGAUACAGUCGGCGCUCGACUAAUUGCCCAUGCCGGCUCUCUGAUCAAUCUGGCCAAGCAUCCCUCGUCUACUGUCCAAAUUCUGGGGGCCGAAAAGGCCCUCUUCCGCGCUCUGAAGACCAAGAAAGAUACUCCAAAGUAUGGUUUGAUCUACCACGCACAAUUGGUGGGACAGGCCAGUCAAAAGAACAAGGGCAAGAUGUCGCGUUCCCUGGCCGCUAAGGCGUCGUUGGCCACGCGAGUAGAUGCCUUCGGCGAGGAGGCAACCUUUGAACUAGGCGCUGCGCAUAAGGUAAAGCUCGAGUCGCGACUUCGACUGCUUGAGGAGGGCAACCUGCGCAAACUUUCGGGCACCGGCAAGGCCAAGGCAAAGUUCGAGAAGUACCAGGCAAAGAGUGAGGUGUUCACAUACCAACCGGAGGCCGACAACACAUUGAACGUCAAAAAACGCAAGCACUCUGAGUCGGAGCAGACGCCGGUUAAGAAGGAGGCGGUUAAGGAGGAGACUGCUGAGGAAGAUGCGGAAGUGAAGUCUGAAAAGAAAAAGAAGAAGAAGAAGAAGCAAAAGGACGAUGAGGAGGCUAUUGAGGAAGCGGCAGCACCUGAGCCUGAAGAUCAGCCAACGCCAGCCAAGAAAAAGAAAAAGUCAAAGCACCAGGAGUAGUUACCCCACCUUGACUAGUUGUAGGUUAAGUCUUAGCAUCCUAGGUUACCUUACUGUAAAGUAUAGGAUUUUACAAUUAUCAACAAGAUUAAAGUUUCUGUUGUACAUUAGAAAUAAAAUGUAAUAUUUCAAAAAAAAAAAAAAUUACAAAUGCAUAUAGCAU